CAUCAAUGAAGUCUCGCGAGAAAAAGCUGCUGUUUCUCUCCCGCCUAAUUCAGGUCUUUGGCCAAACCUAUACUGAGAGACCAGCUCGGGCUGUACCGUUACCUUUUUUCUCGCGGAUCUCCCUCCUUCUUCCCGGGAUUUGGAAUCGAGUGAGUUUUCUGACACAUUUGAUCGCAGGACCCAGGGGUACUUGGAGAGAAAACUGAUCCGGGAGGAGCUGGACUGACCGCAGAAAUGAGUCCUGCAGAUACCCUUGAUGAUGAAAAUACAUUUAAAAUCUUAGUUGCCACGGAUAUUCAUCUCGGAUUUAUGGAAAAAGAUGCAAUCAGAGGAAAUGAUACGUUUGCUACACUUGAUGAAAUUUUAGGACUUGCCCAGGAAAACGAUGUGGAUUUUAUUUUGUUAGGUGGUGACCUUUUUCAUGAAAAUAAACUCAGAAAAACAUUACAUACCUGCCUCGAGUUAUUAAGGAAAUAUUGCAUGGGGGAUCGUCCUGUGCAGUUUGAAAUUAUCAGCGAUCAGUCAGUCAACUUUGGUUUUAGUAAGUUUCCAUGGGUGAACUACCAAGAUGGCAACCUCAACAUUUCAAUUCCAGUGUUUAGCAUUCAUGGCAAUCACGAUGAUCCCACAGGGGCAGACUCGCUUUGUGCCCUGGAUAUUUUAAGUUGUGCUGGACUUAUAAAUCACUUUGGACGUUCAAUGUCUGUGGAGAAGAUAGACAUUAGCCCAGUUUUGCUUCAAAAAGGAAGCACAAAAGUUGCUCUGUAUGGCUUAGGAUCCAUUCCAGAUGAAAGGCUCUAUCGAAUGUUCAUCAAUAAAAAAGUAACAAUGUUGAGACCAAAAGAAGAUGAGAACUCUUGGUUUAACUUAUUUGUGCUUCAUCAGAACAGGAGCAGACACGGAAGGACUAACUUCAUUCCAGAACAGUUUUUAGAUGACUUCCUUGACCUUGUUAUCUGGGGCCAUGAACAUGAGUGUAAAAUAGCCCCAACCAAAAAUGAACAACAACUCUUUUACGUAUCACAACCUGGAAGUUCAGUGGUUACUUCUCUUUCCCCAGGAGAAGCGGUAAAGAAACAUGUGGGCUUGCUGCGUAUUAAAGGAAGGAAGAUGAAUAUGCAGAAAAUUCCUCUUCACACGGUGCGGCAGUUUUUUAUGGAGGAUGUUGUCCUGGCUGAUCAUCCAGACAUUUUUAACCCAGAUAAUCCUAAAGUAACCCAAGUCAUACAAAGCUUCUGCUUGGAGAAGAUUGAAGAAAUCCUUGAAAAUGCAGAACGGGAACGUCUAGGAAAUUCUCGACAGCCAGAGAAGCCUCUCAUACGACUGCGAGUGGACUAUAGUGGAGGUUUUGAACCUUUCAGUGUUCUUCGCUUUAGCCAAAAAUUUGUGGAUCGAGUAGCUAAUCCAAAAGAUAUUAUCCACUUCUUCAGGCAUAAAGAACAAAAGGAAAACAUGGGAGAAGAGAUCAACCUGGGGAAGUUCAUCCCAAAACCUUCAGAAGGAACAACUCUCAGGGUAGAAGACCUUGUCAAGCAAUAUUUUCAAACUGCAGAGAAGAAUGUGCAGCUCUCGCUUCUAACAGAAAGGGGAAUGGGUAAAGCAGUACAAGAAUUUGUAGACAAGGAAGAAAAAGAUGCCAUACAGGAAUUAGUGAAAUAUCAGUUGGAAAAAACACAGCGAUUUCUUAAGGAACGUCAUAUUGAUGCCCUGGAAGAUAAAAUCGAUGAAGAGGUACGUCGUUUCAGAGAAAGCAGGCAGAAGAAUACUAACGAGGAAGAUGAUGAAGUUCAAGAGGCCAUGAACAGAGCCAGAGCCCUCAGGUCCCAGGAAGAGGACGCCGCUUCUGCCUUUAGCGCUGAAGACCUCAUGAGCAUCGAUAUGGCAGAACAGACGGCCAAUGACUCUGAUGACAGCAUCACAGCAGCGGCCAGCAGAGGAAGAGGCCGAGGAAGAGGCCGGAGAGGAGGAAGAGGGCAGAGCUUGGUGUCGAGAGGAGCGUCUCAGAGAGGAAGAGGCACUGGUCUGGAGACUUCUACUCCAAGCAGAAGUUCAAAAGCCACUAUGUCAACAUCUAGAAAUAUGACUAUUAUUGAUGCCUUUAAAUCUGCAAGAAAGCAGCCGUCUCAAAAUGCUGCUCCUAAGAAUUAUUCGGAGGUGAUUGAGGUGGAUGAGUCAGAUACGGAAGAAGACAUUUUUCCUACCACUUCAAAAACAGAUCAAAGGUGGUUGAGCACGUCGUCAUCAAGCAAACGCGCGUCCCAGAGCCAGGUGGCUAGAGGGGUCGAUUUUGAAUCAGAUGAGGAUGACGAUGAUGAUCCUUUUAUGAACCUUAGUUCUUUAAGAAGAAACAGAAGAUAAUAUAUUUAAUGGCAGUUUGAAGUUUUCAAGAGUCGGGAAAGAUCAAAACAUUGCAUUAAAAGUUUACCAGCUGAAGGUUUCUUGAGUAGUCCUGUUCACUGAAGAAUUCAAAUGAUUCUUAACAAAGACACUAAUGUGUAAAGAUUUUUGCUUUUUAAUAUUUCCUGAACAUGACUCCAUAAGGAAACUUCCCAGCUUCAGGGCAUAUAGAAUAGCAUUGAUUCUCCUUAUGUGUCAAUGUGUUACCUGUUCUCUAAAUGCUCUGUGAAACUUGGAAUGGUAUUUUCCUGACAUACAUUCGUAUACGCCUUACUGAGUGAGAACUUUGCUUAAAUAUCAUUCUUAAGGACUAAAAUAAACACACCAUUGUAUGUUUCUGCUUUAUAAUCAAAGACUGUGUGAGUAUUUCAUGUUUAGCCAAAGUUGAGGGAAAGAGCUUAUGGAGUCUAACCCUUUUAUAACCUUAGUAGUUUCUACACAUCUUGGAUCUCCUGCAGGUAAAACAAUCUCUGUGAAAUUGUGCCUAAGCUCACUGUUUAUUCCUGUGUAUGUGUUCUUUUUCUAAUGCUUGUGAUAGUGUCAGCCAGAGAAUUUGAAUGAUGACAUAGACUUUGAAUAAUUAGAUAUGUUUAUAUUAAAAAGACCUGUCAGAUUAUCGAGGUUUUCAUUGCAGUUGUAGCCAAGAUUUCAAAAAAUUGUGUGACCAUUGAACAGUAGUAGUUUUCUCCAUUAUUUUCCAUUAUUAAUAAUUUUCCAUUGUUAAUGAUCUUCUCUUUCUCUCUCGUCUGUUUCUAGGAGGAAAGGGUUAAAAUAAUUUAACCGUAUCUUAGAAAAAGAGGAAGAAUUUUUACUUUUUUUUAGAUAGAGUGGUCAGUUGACCUUUACGGUUAUAUUAGAUGAAAAUAUUGAAAUGUAACUUCUGUGGGAUAUCAAUGCCAAGGUUUCUCGUUUAUAAUAUUUUAUUUUAACAUCGAACAUGGGCAAUUUCAAAAUCUUAGAGAAGCAGGUCAUUUUAGCAGGUCAUGUUACAUUUUCUUACUUAUGUUCAGGGGGAUGUAAGAAUUUGACCUUUUCAGAUUUAAGUUCAAAAUCCCAUUCACCUUUCUAAGACUCAGUUAAAAGAGCCUCGAGAGUAUUCCUUCUUUUCAUCUUCUGAUGCAGCUGUAUUUCAGAACUCCUUAGGGAAGUUAUAGACCUUGGCAGUACCACAGCCUGACAUUUCAAAUGUAGAAAUCAACACUAGACCGAGUGAUAUUCCUGAUUAUUGGUAUCGUCAUACCUAGAAUAAGUCAAACUGGAAAAGGCAAUAUUUGCGUACUGGCUGCCUCCAUAUCUUUAGCCCUUUGAAAGGGUCUAAGUCAAGAAUUGUUUUUUUUUGUUUUUUUGUUUUUUUUAUUUUCCCACUGUACAGCAAGGGGGUCAGGUUAUCCUUACAUGUAUACAUUACAGUUACAGUUUUUCCCCCACUAAGUCAAGAAUUGUGAUGUAACCUUAGUUUCUUCAAAAAUAUUUUCUGGUAGUUCCUGUCAUGGCUCAGCAGGUUAAGAAUCUGACUAAUAUCUAUGAGGCUGUGGGUUCAAUCCCUGGCCUCGUUCAGUGGCUUAAAGGAUCUGGCAUUGCCAUGCGCUGUGGUGUAGGUCAUAGAUGCAGCUCUGAUUUGACCCUUAGCCUGAGAACUUCCUUGUGCCACAGGCGCUGCCCUAAAAAGAAAAGAAAAAAAAAAAAGAGUCUUCUUUUCUGUACCUCACUGGAGCAUAACGAUUAUUUUAGCAGGUAGCAAUCACUCAGCAGAAGGCCUUGUCAUGCAAAAUAUUCUCGGGCACCUCUGCCCUCAUCUUUAAUUUCCCCAGUAUUUGAAUGAAGCAGAGAUGAAACAAUGACCAAGAAUUGCUUUCCAGGGUGGGAGAGGAGCUGGUGUGGUGGCGGUCUCUGGGCGAUACAGUGCCACCCCUGCCCAGGGCAGGCUCAGCCCGAGACGUGCUGGGGUGAGGGUCAGAGUGAAGGAGGUGGAAAGCCUAGCAAAGCAUCCCAACAGCUCUCGAGAGUAAGGCUUUCUCCCUUUCUAAAACUGCUCUGCACUAUGAAAGAGGCACUGAAUGUGAUGCAGCUAUUAGCUCCUGGGAGAAGUGCUUCUGUGGCAGCGAGAGAGGGUGAAAUUCUCAGCUAAUUCGGGUCAUUUUGUGAAUAGCGUGGGUCAGUUCCUGGAAAUUCAGUAAAUAAACAGGGGACCUUUUUGAGGAAUAUUGCUCCACAGUAAAAUAUGCUCCAUAUCCUUGAUAGUCUGUGUCGAUGCAGUAAGGUCUAGGGUUUGGGGGGCGGUUUUCAGACACGUUGGUAUAGUUGCGGAUUCCAGAUGAUUGUAGGGCCCCUGCAGCGGCUGGGAGAGAGCCGUGAUGGAAACAUGCCGGGGGAAAAAUCCUUCCAUCGUUUACCGAAGAAUAGCUCUCUUUCCGGUGUUUUAUAUCAAAAAUAUAAUAGUGCAUUUACAGUUCUAGGAAAUAAAACUGCACUUAGAAAAUUCAAGCAUUUAGGCAUAUGACUUUCAAUUCAGGGGCCCAUUGGACAUUUUUCCCCCUGAACUUUUCAACUUAUGAGACACAAUAACAAGAAAGUCAUGUGGUUUAACAGACAAUGAAUGAUAAGGGGAGUCUCAUGGCAUUCAUUCUCUUUAUAGGUCAGGAAAUAGAAUUUUACCAGUGCCUCUGAAGCCCACCUGUUUUCUCUGGGAAGCUAGUCUUGACCAUUCAGAAGUUCUGACUUUGGCCACAAGGUGGUGCUUCCAAAUCUAGAAUAUAGAAGUCAGUGUGGGUUUUGCAGUCAGUUUGGAACCUAUGCCAUAAUACUAAAUCUAUGCAGUAAAACCAAAAUUAGCUUUCUAAUUUUACACGUUAAUUGCUAUACAUAUUUCACCUGGCUCAGCCUGUUACUAAGGAAAUUGCAAACUUGAUAAAUUUUACAUAGAAAAUUUCAAGAAGCAAAUGUUUUAUGUUUUAAUAAAGAGGAAAAAAUUUAUUAGAAAAAAUUGAAUUAAAAAGUUUCCCAUUGUAAAUUUUUUCUGUUGAAUGUACUAUAAUUAAAAAUAAGCUUCCCCAAAUACAAUCUGAUGUCUGUUUUUGUCUCUCUCCUAUGUUUAACUCAAAGUAUUUUAUGGCUUCUUAAAGCCAACUGCCAUUAAGAUUUAUUAUAAAAGUUUUGUAGAAUAAAGAUUUGGGUUUUUUUGAGUCCA